UCUAUGUGCGUGACCUGCUCGAAGCACGAAGCCAGCCUCGAACACGUUAUCAGCUAUAACAGUGAUUAAUAGUCUAUCACUCCAAUUGUAAUUCAGUCAAGGUGUAUUGAAUAUUGAUACACCUUGGAUUCAGUAUAUUUUCAAUUUUCAGUCACAAAUUUCCUUAGACCUAUAGUGUAUACUAUAUUGUAUAUUAUGAUCUAAGCAGAUUUCUAUAUAUAUAAAUAUUAAUGAUCUUUAAUCAAGAAGUCUGUCGAUUUAGUGCAUGACAAAUUAAAUGUAUCAUGACUAGAUGACCAAACCAUAAAAUAUCAAACUCCGGUUUUCAUAACGUGCCGAAAUGAGUCCAUAGGGUAAUAUUGUUGGGCAGGACAUGAACAUAUAAUAUAUAGUUAUUAGUUUCACGACAGACAUCGGACUUGAAAAUACUGAAAAUAGCCAUUGCGUUGCAAUAACUUUCAAAAAUGUUUAGACGAGCCUGUGGUUCUAUUUUAUCCGGUGUUCGCCUUAUGCGUCUACAAGUAGAGAAUGUUUCAAGUAAAACUACAGGUUCUUUAAAUAAGAGCUUUAACAAUUUUGAAACAAAUAGGUUCUAUUCGUCCAUUUUAUCCUCCAAUUUUAAAUCAGCAGAAGGAAUUAUGAACAAGAAUAUACCUAUUGCUCAAUCUAGUAUAAUGUUUGAUUUCAACCUUCAGCAAAAGAGAAAUCUAACAAAGUUCUCUUUACAAAAAGGGAAAAGGAAAACAGUGAAAACAGUUGUAGAUCGAUUUUAUCGCCUGGGAUGGGGUAUAUGGAUUCGAACUAAAUGUGGACGUCAAAAGAAAUUGUGGAAAAAACCAGCUGCUAGAAAACGAAGAUUGAGACAACAUGUGUUUUGUAAUGCCAAACAGUCAACACUUUUAGAUAAAAUGACAACAAAAUAUUGGAAGAAAAGGAGGUUUUAUCCAGAUGAUCCAUAUGAACCUUACCACGAUAGAGAAGAAUAUCCAUUGACCAGAAAAACUCCAAUAUCUUAGUGUAAAACAGUUGUAAUAUCUUUGAAAUGUUUGUAAUAAAUAUAAAAUUAACAUA